AUUUCCAGAUUCUGAAUCAGGAACCCCUGGCUUUGAAUAGUCUGUGUUGGAGACCUUUUGGAUUAGAGUAUGGAAUGGGGAUGCCUAUGGAAUACAAGGUAGUGGGGAGCCAGUGAAGCUUCUUGAGCAAGAAAGUGCUAUGAUCAGAGAGACCUGGGCAUGAAAAGAUGUGGGGGCAGAGGGAAGGGGACUGGCUUUGGAGUCAGAAGGCCUGAGUUCAUGUAUGGGCUCUGAAGACCAUUAUUUAUGCAAGUUGCCUCACUCCUCUGAAUUCCAGUUGUCUGGUCUUCACUGCAUCAUCUACACUCCCUACUUCCUGGCACAGUGAUAGGGCUUGUUGCUCUCUGAAACAAGAACUGGGAGCCCUUGCCAGGCCUUCCCUCCUGCAGCCAUUCUGACUCCUUCUUGACGAGUUCCAGGGGCUUGGAGAGCCAGCAGCCAGUCACCAAGAGCACGUCUCUGCAGGGAGUGGGUGACCCACGCUAUCAGCCUAUCCUCCUGCCUACAGGCCUACUUGUAAUAUGAACUUCCCCUCCCUGACCUCAGUGCUGACAUUGACACUCCCUUCCCGAGAGCCAGAGAGCCACCCCAGGCCUGGCCUGCUACUGCUGAGACCUGGUCAGAACUGAAUCAUACCCAGUCUCUCCUUAAUAAACACACAUCAUCAGGCAAAAUGGGCAGCAAUGGCACAAGCAAUACAAUCGGCAAUUGCAGUAACACAAGUGUGCCCUUUCAGUACUCUCUCUACGCAGCCACAUAUAUUGUGGUCUUCAUCCCAGGCCUUCUGGCCAACAGUGUAGCCCUCUGGGUCUUGUACCGCUUUAUCAGCAAGAAGAAUAAGGCCAUCAUCUUCAUGAUCAAUAUGUCUGUGGCUGACCUUGCCCACGUUCUGUCGCUGCCGCUGCGGAUCUAUUACUACAUCAACCACCAGUGGCCCUUCCCAAAGUCCGUGUGCCUUCUCUGCUUCUACCUGAAGUACCUCAACAUGUAUGCGAGCAUCUGUUUCCUGACAUGCAUUAGUCUUCAGAGGUGCUAUUUCCUCCUCAAGCCCUUCAAGGCCCGCAAUUGGAAGCGCAGGUACGAUGUGGCCAUCAGCGCCACUAUCUGGGUUGUCGUAGGAACCGUCUGCUUGCUCUUUCCCAUCCUGAGAAAUGCUGGCCUGGCCAACAGGAACCAAAGUGCUUGCUUUGCUGACCUGGGAUACAAGCAGAUGAAUGUGGCCCCCACAGUGGCAAUGAUCAUGAUGGCUGAGCUGGCUGGCUUUGUGAUUCCUGUCGUCAUCAUUGCCUGGUGCACCUGGAAAACAGUGAUAUCUUUGCAGCACCCACAUGUGACUUAUGAAGGCGUUGCCGAGAAGCAGAAGGCUCUUCGGAUGGUCUUCUUGUGUGCUGGGGUCUUCUUUAUCUGCUUCACGCCCUAUCAUAUAAACUUCCUUUUUUAUACUUUGGUGAAGGAAAAAGUUAUCACUAGCUGCCCCAUCAUUCAAAGCACACUUUAUUUCCACCCUUUCUCCUUGUGCCUCGCAAGUCUGUGUUGCUGCUUAGAUCCUAUCCUUUAUUACUUCACGACUUCUGAGUUCCGAGACCAACUCUCCCGCCAUGGCAGCUCAGUGAUUCGAUCACGGCUCAUGAGCAGGGAGAGUGGCUCUUCAAUGAUGAGCUAAGGAAGCCCAGCCCCAAAGACUUGCUUUUCUCUCCUAUUUUUUGACUUGUCCCUAAACCCCAAGAAACAGCCAAGCUAUGGUAGAGUUACAAGACACUCAGAGUGGAGGGCAGUGGUCACGGAUGGAGUAAGAAGUGGCGUUUGUUUGUCUGAACUAUUUUUGUUGUUCUGAAAUUGAGGACUCCGUUAUUUAAGAGAGCAAAAUUCAAACUGGACAGAUGUUUCAGAUGUAAGAGCAAAUGUUCUCAGUAAAUUGUGAUAGGUUCAUCCAGCUUGAUUAUUUCUUUAGGAAUGUGGAUAUUCUUUUUCUAUAAGGAAAAACCCCAAAAGAACCCAAAAAACAGUUCUUGGACUACUAUGGAGGCCAGUGCUCUUUUCCUUCUUUUUAUAUAAUAUGCAUAAAAAAGCCAGACUUUGAUGUGAGGAUUGCAUGAGCAAAGGGUGAAAAACAAUAGAACUGGCUUCCCCUGGUUCCUUUUCUUGAAAAAAAAAGGGGAUGGAGCUUACCUUGUCCGGUCGCCAGCACUCAAUAGUUCAGUAGAUGAGGGCCCAGAUUUUCACCUUACUCUGCUCAUGAAGAUACAGACCAAAUCUGGGUCAACAUAAGUAAGUAUGGCUAGAGAGGUGUGGCCAUUGCAUCGGUCCUUAUGGGGUAGGACUGGUACUUUGUCUCUUAGCCAAGUCACACGUAGGCUUUUCUGUUACUCUCAUUGGGCAGUGUUCAAAGAUCUUGGUCCUAAAGGUUCAAAUAAUACACUCCGUCAAAAAGGAUGCCUCACUUUAGGUAUGGCCAAGGGUUGAACCCAUUAAGCUGGCAUGGGAAAAAUGACAACAGAAAAAGAAAGAAUUUUCAGGAAAGCAGAUAAGUCUUAGACUUCACUCUCCCUAUCGCACCCACCCAUGUCCUUACAACUUUACGAAUUUCCAGGGGACUUCCUUGUACCCCUGCUGCGCACCUGGAAUGCUGGCACUUUGAUAGACACUCUGCCACUUAACUCGGACAUGGAUAGGUUUGGCGCAGGAAAGCUGUGGAGUGGUUAAAUCCAGUGGCAAUGACUCAUGCUAUAAUAUAAUGAAAACGGAUCCUUAUCACAUCCUAUGUUAAAAGGGAGAAAGGGCAAUUGCUGGGAGGACAUAUUUCCAGCUUCAUUUUUUCCCAAAGUUGAUAACUACAAUUUCAGGACUGCUGAAGAGGAUUUCAGUGUAGGCAGGCUGCGUAUUUGUAAUACCCUCCAGUGAAAGGCCCAUACAAAGGAACUAGUGGCAACAGCCAAGGAGGCCCAGGAGAGAGGGAUAGACAAAUGAGGUUCUGACCAAAGGGAGCACAUGAUGUGACUGUAAAUAACACGAAAGAUUAUUUUACUUUUAAAAAUACAAAGCUAUUGAUGCCUUUUGUUUUUGAUAAUAUUUUCUGUCAUUCAAAUCACAGUGAUAUGCAAAAUACAGUACAUGUUACUAGUCUGACUCUUUCAGACCAAAACCUGUUAAUGCUGUCCAUGAGGAUUUUCAUGGCAAAGAUGCUGGCGUGCUUUGCCAUUUCCUUCUCCAGUGGAUUAAGGCAAACAGAGGUUAAGUAUCUUGGCCAAGGUUCCAUAGCCAGUAAGUGUCUAAGGUCAUGUUUGAACUCAGGUCUUCAUGAUUCCAAGCCCAAUACUUUAUUUGCUGAGCUACCUAGCUGCCUCCUAGGUAAACAGGGGUAAGUGACUUGUUUAAGGUCACACAGCCAGUAAGUAUCUGAGGCCACCUUUGAACGUAGGUCUUCCUGAUUCCAGGCCCAGUGCUCUAUCCACCGAGCCAACUAGGAGCUUCUACACUGUACAAAGUUGACACUUAAUAAAUGUUUCUUCAUUCAUAUGCCAUCCCUCCCCUGGAAACAUUCUCCUUUGCUAUGAAGAAAAGACAGAGCCCAAACGGUAAACAUGAAUAUUAAAGUAUGCAGCUUUCGUCAUUUGUAGUCCACCUGCCCCCACAAGGAGGGAAGUUUGUUUCAUCACUGGCAGACUGAUUUUCUGGUGUGGACAGUAAAAUGACUGAAGGAGGUUCUCAUAGAGAAACUCCAGAAGUAGCUUGAACAAGGUGACUAUUUUGGAAACUAGUUUUCAUUUUCAUUUCUAUGUUCUAGCAUGGGACCUUCAGUAAGUCACAGCCUAUCUGGACCUCAGUUUCCUUAUAUGUAAAAUGGAGGUAUUGGACAAGAUGGCUUCUAAAGCCGCUUCCAUGUGUAAAUCUCAUUGCUAGUCUUGAAACUCCUUUGAAAUGGCUGAUGAAAGGAAAGCAUUUCAGUCCCCUGGCAAAGGGCAACAUGGAGAAUUUUUGACAAAAAUGGAAACACUUUAGAUUUUGUGGCUACAGGCUUUGAGUGUGCCCACCAUUCGAGCCAACGUUUUGAGUCACUUUAUUUUGGAUAUUGUGAAACAAUGAGCUGGUAAGACAGCAAAGGAUGGCUAAUGCAGUGCUGAAGAAAGCAGAUGCAUGCAUUGUAGAGAGGCUACCUCCCAUGACAUUAUGGCUGUGCUAGAAUGGCCAUGAGACAGCUCAACAAAGGAGGAACACUAUCGGCUUCAAGGCAGCCAAAGGAAUACCAGCUAAGUGUCUGCUGCCUCUGUGUGUAAAUCCCCAGGAAAAAACGAGGACAGCGGGACAGACAUGCCGGGAUUAUCUCUCCGAAAGAAUCCCCAGAUGUCUCCUCAGAGAGGCCUGCCAGCAUCUCCCCCAAGAAGCUCCUCCUGAAGUCUCUCACCCUGUUGUGAUGCUCCCACUUUAAUUGUAGCAAAGAUGAAGAACAGGAAGAAUACUGUAUAAUGAUGCAUUCUAGUCAGCACCAUCGUGCGUUAUUGCGUUAUUGCCAAACUAUUUGGGUUUUGCACGUCCUGGAAAGUGUGCAUUUUCAGGAUAUAACAGGUUGUAUAUUUCAUUAAAGAGCUGAUUAAGCCCAGGGUCUAUUGUCGUGCUUGUAAACAUCGGGCGUCAAGCCAGCUUUGGGCCAGGAGCCUAGCCUGCCUUUGAAAAGACUUCUGUGACUAAAUGGUUGGGCACAACCCCUCAGGAGCCUACUAAAUUAGCUCAGGGGAAUCCCACAAGAUUCCCUA